UUUACCUGCCUCGGCCUCCCAAAGUGUUGGGAUUGCAGGCGUGAGCCAUCACACCUGGCCUAAAUUAUUAUACUGAUAAGGAGUAACUGUGAAUCCCCUCAGUUGUGCAAAUUCUAGUAUAUUUUGGUUGGGAAAUUUUACUGCUUGUUGUUACUUUUCAUUUUUAGAUUAAAAAAAUAAAUAUACCAUGAUACAAACUCCCCUACUCUAUACAAGUGUCCUCUCCAUCUGAAAUAAUGAGAACCAUUUUUCUACUCUUUUGAGGGGAAAAGUAUGGGUUUAUAGGUAGUAAAUAGUCCACACUUUACAUGAUAAAAUGUGAAUUCCCUAUUUCUGUUGCUUUGCCUGUUUCUUUUAUUCUCAUAUGCAUUCAAUUUUAUAAGUACCCUUCCAUCAUGCUAUUUAUAUAUUCCUAAUAUCCUGAGCUACUUUGAGGAAGUCCUAGAAAUUGAGAAAUAGUUUUUGUCAUUCUAUAAAUCUAAAGUUAACAACGGUCACAUUUUUAAAAAUCAUGUUAUUUUGUGAUAUAAACUAUAUAUCUCUUUAUAUAUCAAGUCUUUAUGUAUAUUUUGUGCAGCUUGUCUUUUUUAUAGGAACCUCUUGUUUGGGGGAUUGUUUUUGGUUAGGAAAUUGAAUGCUUUGUUUGCCCAAAAUAACUGCAAUAGAAAGUCAGUGAUAAGAACUACUAAACAGAUCCAGGUUAAUUAUUUUAAGAUAGAAUUUCAAAUGGAAGAAAAGGCUUUGUGUUACAAUCAUCUGUGAGGCAUUUUACUGUAUAUCAGAAUUUUGGAGUAAGGUGAAGAUGAUCAUGUCAUUUGAAAAGUCUUAUUGGUGACUCUAAUUUUCUCCUUUCAAGGAGGGGUUUAAUCACUUCCAAUGGAUAACAUUAAGGUUAAAUUAAGGGUGAAGUUGAUAUUUGGCCCUGACUUUUAUAUGAAGGUAACAUUUUUGCAAGUAAAUGUAGACAUAGUUAAAAAACCCAGCUAAAAUAAACACGGUAUUGAAAAAGAGGAAGAGCAAGUGGUCUAUAUUGUCAGAAAAAUAAGAUUCAUAUUGGAGAGUAAUUGAAAAUAACCUUCAAAAAGUUGAUUACCUAAUAUGUGAUUACAUAUUAGGUUACUAGAAGUUUCUCAAAUGUCUUGCAAUUUCUAGGUUUAGUAAAAUUCAAUGAAAGCUGUACUCAUAAAGAUAAAUAUGGUAGCAUGUGAAAGACAGAUGGACUUAGGUGGACGUGGAAUAAGGCAAGCCAGGGAAAAGGAGUAAUUUAAAAAGUAAUAUAGGUGACAUGAGAAAUGCUCAUGUCAUUAAAAACAUGAAUUUAAAAAUUUGAAUUUGGGGAUUAUUAAUAAUUGGUCAUGCUUUGAUAUUUAACAAGCUGUUUUCUAGGAGUCAGCAUGUAUAGGUGAAAGUGACAAUUAGAAACAUAGAAAGAAGGGAUGCAGAUAUGGAUUUGUAAAUACCUCAAUAAAAGUCUUAUUCAAAACUUGGAAGGGAGUGAGAACAAUUAAAGGAAAGGAUAUAGGACAGGGUUGAAGUUGAGAGAAAAAAAGAGAUCAUUUAAGAACAGCUGAAGAAUCAAAAACAGCAAAGCACAAUGGGUAGAAAUUCCACUAGAAUUUGAAGUGGUGAAGUAUAUGAAAAGAAAAUAUUUUAAGCAAGAAUCCUAAUAUAAGCUGCAGAUAAAUUAAAUGUGAUAAACAAUAUGCCCUAGAAUUUUAUCUUCCAUCAUUACACAAAAGAACCUUAAGAGCAUCUGAUAUUUAUUGAACAAAGAAAGCAUGGACUUCAAUAAUCUAUAAGGCUUUAAAAAUUCAACCAAAAUUUGAUAAUUUUAAGUUACAUUUUUUCCCUAGAGCACUAUAUAAUAGCAUGCCCUAGGAAAGACAGAUGUGGGCAAGUUUCUUUUCUACCAAGAGUGUAGAAUAGUUUACAUUUCAGAUUUAAAGAGCAGUUCCGUUAACACUUAAAUUUGCUAAACUGGUUGAUACUAAUGUUGCAAAUAUUGGUAGAAAAGUUGUUUAGCUGUGAAUAAUUAGAUCCCUUAUUCUAAACUAAUAAAAGAAGUCGGGAUAACACUGACUGUGCAAAUUACAAACGUGAGGAGGGUUUACUAUAAAAGUAGAGAAAAGAAGAUACCGUUUUAAAAAUAUAUAGUAAAGCACUGUUAUGUGAAUUAAUUUCUUACCUUUCGGAGCCGCAUGAUGUCGCUGUCUACCAUGAAGUUAUAGCUAGCCAACAUUCAAAUUUCUUCUAUUAUACUGCAUCAUUCCCUGACUGUUGAAUGAUGGCGGACGCAGAAGAAAUGGAUUAGUAAAUUCGGGAACAUACAGUAUUUUAUCUUUAUGCGGAAGAUCUUCUAAUGGAAAUAAAACCAGAGGUAUUUGACAUGGUGUUUACCCCGGAAGACAGAUUGGGAAAGCAAUGUCUGCUCCUCCCACUUCUGCUCCUCGCAGCCUGGAAGGUGGGGAGCGGCCAGCUCCACUACUCCGUUCCCGAGGAGGCCAAACACGGCACCUUCGUGGGCCGGAUCGCGCAGGACCUGGGGCUGGAGCUGGCGGAGCUGGUGCCGCGUCUGUUCAGGAUGGCCUCCAAAGACCGCGAGGACCUUCUGGAGGUAAAUCUGCAGAAUGGUAUUUUGUUUGUGAAUUCUCGGAUCGACCGCGAGGAGCUGUGCGGGCGGAGCGCGGAGUGCAGCAUCCACCUGGAGGUGAUCGUGGACAGGCCGCUGCAGGUUUUCCAUGUGGACGUGGAGGUGAGGGACAUUAACGACAACCCGCCCUUGUUCCCGGUAGAGGAACAAAGAGUGCUGAUUUACGAAUCUAGGCUGCCAGAUUCUGUGUUUCCACUGGAGGGCGCGUCAGAUGCAGAUGUUGGCUCAAAUUCCAUCUUAACCUAUAAACUCAGUUCUAGCGAAUACUUCGGGCUAGAUGUGAAAAUAAACAGUGAUGACAAUAAACAAAUUGGGCUCUUAUUAAGGAAAUCCUUGGACAGAGAGGAAGCCCCUGCACACAACUUAUUCCUGACAGCCACAGAUGGGGGCAAACCUGAGCUCACAGGCACUGUUCAGCUGCUGGUCACAGUGCUGGAUGUGAAUGAUAAUGCUCCCACUUUCGAACAGUCUGAAUACGAAGUAAGAAUAUUCGAAGAUGCAGACAACGGAACAACAGUUAUCAGACUGAAUGCUUCUGAUCGGGAUGAAGGAUCGAAUGGGGCAAUUUCAUACUCUUUUAAUAGCCUCGUUGCAGCCAUGGUUAUUGACCACUUUAGCAUAGAUCGAAAUACGGGAGAAAUAGUGAUUCGGGGUAAUUUGGAUUUUGAACAAGUAAACUUAUACAAAAUCCGCAUUGACGCCACGGACAAAGGCCAUCCUCCCAUGGCGGGUCAUUGCACCGUUUUAGUGAGAAUUUUGGAUAAAAAUGAUAACGUCCCUGAGAUAGCACUGACUUCCUUAUCCUUGCCUGUACGUGAAGACGCUCAGUUGGGUGCUGUCAUCGCCCUAAUUAGCGUGAACGACCUCGAUUCAGGUGCCAACGGGCAGGUGACCUGCUCGCUGACGCCUCACGUCCCCUUCAAGCUGGUGUCCACCUUCAAGAAUUACUACUCGUUGGUGCUGGACAGCGCCCUGGACCGCGAGAGGGUGUCGGCUUAUGAGCUGGUGGUGACGGCGCGGGACGGGGGCUCGCCUUCGCUGUGGGCCACCGCCAGCGUGUCCGUGGAGGUGGCCGACGUGAACGACAAUGCUCCGGCGUUCGCGCAGUCCGAGUACACGGUGUUCGUGAAGGAGAACAACCCGCCAGGCUGCCACAUCUUCACGGUGUCUGCGCGGGACGCGGACGCGCAGGAGAACGCGCUGGUGUCCUACUCGCUGGUGGAGCGGCGGGUGGGCGAGCGCGCGCUGUCGAGCUACGUGUCAGUGCACGCGGAGAGCGGCAAGGUGUACGCGCUGCAGCCGCUGGACCACGAGGAGCUGGAGCUGCUACAGUUCCAGGUGAGCGCUCGCGACGCUGGCGUGCCGCCUCUGGGCAGCAACGUGACGCUGCAGGUGUUCGUGCUGGACGAGAACGACAACGCGCCGGCACUGCUGGCGCCUCGGGUGGGUGGUACCGGUGGAGCAGUGAGCGAGCUGGUGCCGCGGUCAGUGGGUGUGGGCCAAGUGGUGGCGAAGGUGCGCGCAGUGGACGCCGACUCAGGCUACAACGCGUGGCUUUCGUAUGAGCUGCAGCCAGCGGCAAGCAGCGCUCGCUUCCCGUUUCGCGUGGGGCUGUACACAGGCGAGAUCAGCACCACUCGUGUGCUGGACGAAGCGGACUCUCCGCGCCACCGGCUGCUGGUGCUGGUGAAAGACCACGGUGAGCCGGCGCUGACAGCCACGGCCACGGUGAUGGUGUCGCUGGUGGAGAGUGGCCAGGCUCCAAAGGCGUCAUCGCGGGCGUCAGUGGGCGCCGCGGGCCCAGAGGCGGCGCUGGUGGAUGUCAACGUGUACCUGAUCAUCGCCAUCUGCGCGGUAUCCAGCCUGCUGGUCCUCACGCUACUGCUGUACACAGCGCUGCGGUGCUCGGCGCCGCCCACCGAGGGCGCGUGCAUGGCGGACAAGCCCACGCCAGUGUGCUCCAGCGCGGUGGGGAGCUGGUCGUACUCGCAGCAGAGGCGGCAGAGGGUGUGCUCCGGGGAGGGCCCACCCAAGAUGGAUCUCAUGGCCUUUAGCCCCAGCCUUUCACCUUGUCCUGUUAUGAUGGGUAGGGUGGAGAAUCAGGAUUUAAAUGAAGAUCAUCAUGCCAAACCACGACAGCCCAACCCUGACUGGCGUUACUCUGCCUCCCUGAGAGCAGGCAUGCACAGCUCUGUGCACCUAGAGGAGGCUGGCAUUCUACGGGCUGGUCCAGGAGGGCCUGAUCAGCAGUGGCCAACAGUAUCCAGUGCAACACCAGAACCAGAGGCAGGAGAAGUGUCCCCUCCAGUCGGUGCGGGUGUCAAUAGCAACAGCUGGACCUUUAAAUACGGACCAGGCAACCCCAAACAAUCCGGUCCCGGUGAGUUGCCAGACAAAUUCAUUAUCCCAGGAUCUCCUGCAAUCAUCUCCAUCCGGCAGGAGCCUACUAACAGCCAAAUUGACAAAAGUGACUUCAUAACCUUCGGCAAAAAGGAGGAGACCAAGAAAAAGAAGAAAAAGAAGAAGGGUAACAAGACCCAGGAGAAAAAAGAGAAAGGGAACAGCACGACUGACAACAGUGACCAGUGAGGUCCUCAAAUGGAAACAAGCCACUUAGCCAGUUUUUGUAAUAAUGGCAAAUCUCUCCCAUGUAGCAAUUCCCUGCUCCUUUUUCCUAUCUACAUGAGCCCUCUUAGAGACCUCAGAAAUCUGCAGAAAGUUCCCUGUGUCUGUCUAGAACGCAUUUAACAGGUUUUGUCAUGAAAGCUUUACUAAGUCUGGUGUUAACUCUUUCUCUCCACUCUGGCUUGUUUUCAGAACCUAAAAAGCAGACCCAAGUUUCCUUUCUCCUCCGCCGCAAAGGAGAGGCUUCCCAGCCCCGCCAGUGAGAGGUUGGACUCUCUGCCCUGUGCUCCGGGGAUCCUGUCUUGAUGACACUUGCAGGGCAGGCUGAAAAGUUUUGAGAUUGAGCAGCUUGGGUGUUUGUGGCCACUGGGUAUGUGUGGCUACCGCGGGUAUGCGAGUGCCAGAUAUUGGCUGAGACGGGCCAGCUUAGACUAAUUGGUACAAGGAAGGCAAGAAAACAAAGACAAAUAAACAGCCGAAGUUAUCAUUGUAGAGGGGAAGUGUAAACUAAAAGGGACCAGACUUUCUAAAUCUUACAACUCAAGAGGUGGCGGCCACCCUCUAGGAGACAAAACUACCCCCACUGACAAGGCUUUAGGAGACCCUAAAGUCUGUUGGCUGUGAUGUCAUUAUACCUAAAAUCUGCAUCAUACCUGCAAGCCAACAGUUCAGUGUUUUAACAGAGAACCACCCUGGGAAACAGAAGCAGAUCUGGUAUGUUUCCUAUACAUGUCCUGUGCUCACUUUAUUAAAAAUUCUUUUGCACACAAUGUUUAUGAAAAGGCCAGAUCCUUUUCCAAUACUUAUGCAAAAGCAAAAGAAAACCCCAACACCUCACCUUUCGCUGUUUGUUGUUUCAUAGAUUUAUUUAAAAAAAGAGAAAGUCUAUAGCUAUAAAUCUUUAAAGAGAAAUAUGAAUACAAUUCCCCUAAACCCUCCUCAAAAGAGAAUUCAGUCUACAGCCAUUUAAAUGAUCAUUGCUGCUACAGAAGUGCUUUAAGAGAAUUGCCUGAAACAUCUGUAUUAUAUCGGCCACCUGCCAGUCACAGCUUUACUCUUUCAGGUCACUCUGGGGCUGCCUCUUGCAUGUAUUAAUAAAAUGAUCUCUCUCUCUCUCUCUCUCUCUUUUCUAAGAAACAAUUAUGUGCACUUUGAUACACAACCUUCUCUAACCAACUAUAUAUCAAGACCCAAAAAUUGAAGAAAAAUAUUGUUUUCUCAUACAGUGAACAGAUUUUUCGAUCUACUAAUUCUGUGACUUGUCUUGGUGUGCUAGCCUACACCUUCUCUUUGGUUUAGUUUUCCUUUUCUAUAACACUCUGAAUUGCUAAUCUUACUAACACCUAUGAUGUUACCUGAAAUCAAUUUCCCAUAUGUAUGCUGUAUGCUAUGAUAAGACUCCUGAAAUAUACUUACUCUGUGCUUGUGUAUGUGAAUGUUAAUGCAACUAUUACCUAGAGUGAACUUUAAGCUUUAUUGUUGAAUGUAAUUCCAUUAUAUUUCCUUUUGUACACCUGUGAAAAAGUGGAGUAGUGUUUUUUUAACCAUUGUUAAUCAGCUUUUGUGUAUGAAAGACACAGUAAAAUUUCUUUCUUAAAUCAAGAUACUGGUGAUUCAAGGAAUUUUAUUUAUGGUCCAGCCAAGAGCCAUCUCUUGCCAAGACUUCUGCUGGCAAGGGAAUGGAUAAAGCUGUUUUGUUCUAGUAACAAUUUUGGAAUGAAUACUGACAAUAUUCCAUGAGGGUGUGCAAGCACAAAUUUUACCAGUCUGACCUCUUUUGAAGUUGCAGAAUGCUUUGAAAUUCUAAUGGUAUCUGAAAUAUCAGCUCAUAGAAAGUAACAAAAUUUGCUGUCACCUUAAAUAAGACAUUUUAAUUUCGUUAUAAUGUACAAUUUAGAAGUUUGAUUAUAUUAUCUAUUUAGGCAUUAAUAUAAAAGAGGUAGGAGUCUGUUAUUUAAAAAAAGCAUUAAAUUAAAAAAAAACUGUCUUGUCUACUUUUAGCUUCAUUCUCCCAUAUUUUGAAGGGUGUGUAACUUCAGCUCUGCAGGAUUGCAUGGGGUAAAACUUGUUGCCAACACAUGUGAACCAUUGCUACAUUGUAGGUUGUGAUCAUUUUGCCCCACUGAAGCCCUUGUAUCUGACCUUACGUGCCUUUUGAACUAGGAGAAUCGGGCUAAUUUAUUAAUGAUGAUAAUUAUAAUGUAUCUGUACAGCACUUUUACAUUUGCGAAGUGCUUUCCAAUCCAUGUUAGUUACUAGUUAUUACAGCUGUAAGGAUAAAACACGUCAUGUGGAUUCAUUUUGAAUUGGUGCUAUUGGUAUUUCCUCUGUUAUUGCUAAUAAAUGAAAAUGGUGGUAUGAAA